AUGUUUUGGAUUCAUGGCGGAGCCCUCUAUCUCGGGUCAUCAUUUCAAUACCAAUACAACGGCAGUGCACUGGCAGCUCAUGAUGUGGUGGUUGUGUCCAUGAACUAUAGCAUUGAAUUAUCUCAGUUUGGGUUCCUAUACGGCGACGAUGAGACCGCUCCCGGAAAUUUAGGAUUUUAUGACCAGUUAUUAGCUCUCAAAUGGGUGAGAGAAAACAUUCACAAAUUUGGAGGGGAUAGGGAUCAGAUCACUAUAUUUGGUCAGAGCGCCGGCGGUUGGUCCGUAUCGGUCCAGUUAUUCUCUCCCCUUUCGAAAGGCCUGUUUAAGAGGGCUAUUAUGGAAAGUGGUGCCCAUAUGUUCAAUAAGGACAGGGAUGUUAAGAGUAAAAGUGAAGCCUUUGCUGAGGCUAAACAAAUGGCAAAGCAUUUGAAUUGUAGUGAAAAUGAAUGGUUAGAGUGUUUGCGGAAAGUGGGUGCAGAGGACUUGAAUGAAGUCCAAUUGAGUAUGACUGUGGCCACACUCGACACGGAAUACCUCCCGGUGUCAGCACUUAAAGCGUUUCAAACACAAAAAUUUAAUAAGGAUCUAGACAUAAUGGCAGGUGUGGCCGCACACGAGGGCUAAAGUCUUUUAAAUAGUAUACUUCAAGAGAUACCCCACAACCUCACGGAAUCCCAAUUCAAACAAAUGGUUCAGGGUUAUGAUUCUAUAUUUCACGAAUUGAAUGCAACGGCUAUUACGGAAUUUUAUAUGAGCAAUAUUAACAAAAGUGA